AUGCCUCCCUCCAACCUCGAAUCGCAACCGACGACCUACCGCCGCUCCGACGACCCCGAAUACGCCGACGACCCAGACUUCCAAAACUACACCACCCAACUCAGCGACAAACUCUUCAGCCUCACCUCGAGCAUCUCCAAACUCUCCAACCAAAUCGCCCUACUAGGCACCCGCCGCGAAACCGACCGGGUCCGGGAACGCGUCACCGAACUCCUCGAGAGCACGAGCGAGGGCUUCAAGGACAUCGGCGAGGGUUUGCGGAAAGUGAAUAGUUGGCACGAUGUCGGGCCGAGCCAGAAGUACACCCAGGGAAAACUGAACCAGGAGUUCAAGGCGUCCUUGACCGAGUUUCAGGGUUUGCAGCGGCAGGCGUUGGAGAAGCAGCGGGCCACUGCUUCGGCUGCCAAGGCGGCGUUGGAUUCUGAUCCGAGUAAUACUGAAGGCACGGCUACUACGGAUCAAGGACAGCAGAGUCAGGCGCAAUUGCAGCAACCACGCUUAGCCGACCAAUCCGAGGUCGAUUUCCAGGAAUCGUUGAUUAUAGAACGCGAAUCCGAGAUCCGCAACAUCGAGCAGAGCGUCGGGGAACUGAAUGAGUUGUUCCGUGAUGUGGCGCACAUGGUUCAUGAACAGGGGGGGCAAUUGGAUCUGAUCGAUGCGAAUGUGGUGCAAACACGGGAUGAUACGCAGAAUGCGGAUGGGCAGUUACGGACCGCGUCGAGACAUCAGAGGAGCGCGAGGGGGAAGGCGUGUUGUUUGUUGGUGAUUUUGGUCGUGGUGUUGACGAUUAUCAUUCUGGCCGCGGUGUUGGGGUGA